AUGGCGACGCAUCUUUUGACAGGAGAAAAGCGUAGACGUUUAGCACCGAGCGGGGAGAGUACCUUUGCUACUUCGUUCGAAGAGAAAUUAGCGACUCUGAUUACCUUCACCGAGUAUAUUCGUAGACUGCCACCUUCCGAGCCUAUCCAGAACCGGGUAAAUGUCACAAUGGCCUGCGCGAUGAUGUCUUGCGACAAUCGUAACAGAACCCCCGCUGUUUGUGUGAGCUGCGCGCCCGCAAAUCGGACAGAUGCUUCUAGAUCAAGAGGCACACCGUCGAUAGAUGAUGAUGAAUUUGAUAGCUGCUCUGGUGUUGCUAGCGCAUUGGAAAGGUACUUCAACCCGCUUGCGGCCGAGCUUGCCAUGUCGCUGUUGGCUAGUUUUUUCAAAGAGGAUCUUGUUGCUUCGAUCCAUAAGUUAGCUUGUAGUGAGACUAGAGCAUGUGACCCCACAAGCCUUAGGCAACCAUGUCUCGUAAACCAGAAACGAUGUAUCGCUGCAGCUCGAGUUCCACGGUAUAAUGCCGACUACGUACAUAUUUCCGAGCCGUACAUGCCAGACGUCCUUGAGGCCUGGUCUUCAGACUCAUUCAUCCAGAUCGUCUGCGAACUAAACCGCAUGAAACGGGACCCCAAGAGUCCAGACUCUAAGCACCCCAGGGCCUGCCCAGCAAUGACAGCGGAAAAGGGGCAUCACCGUUUUGGUCACUGCGUAGGACGUGGCGUCAAUGGUAUAUGCCACUAUCCAGUCGUCAAGGAGACCAUUGCCUCUGCCAGUGCUACAGAUGACGUCGUUGGGUCAUGGAAAGGUAUUCAUGCGCCGUCUGGAGUCAUUGCUUGCCCGAUCGUGCAGGAUCCUCAGCACUCGUCGCUGACAGGGGCACGUGCGGGUACGCCGUCUGAUCACUUAUCGCUUGGCGGUCGAACGACCGACCGCGGCAUACGUGACCGUGCAUUGGAUUGGACGACGAAUCGACGUGGCAUUCCAGUCCGUGUCCAAGUGGUGCGACCGACCGCGACCCUUCGUCAUUCCAAGCCCCAUCCCUUCCCACCUACCGUCCAGUCACCUUCGACCUCAACAAUGCUCCGCGACCCCGAGCACCCGUCAACUACAGCCACGCCUGCGAGUAGCAAUACUGCGGAAGUGUCCUCGACAGCGGUCGCAUCGACCGAAAUCGAAGAGACUUGUCAGCCUUACGCAGACAAUCAACCUGCCCACCAGAAUACCCCUGUAACUUCUUUAGCACCGAGCUCGGAUGCGUUAUCCCCACUACCGCCGAAACAAUAUCCUUCACACCCCUCUCACCGUCGGGCGAACACCGAGAUUAUCCCGCGGCAAGCCCCUCUGCCGUCCAGGAAGCUCUUCUCCGAUCAACCCAAAACCUACGAAGACUUAGACUCCGGCACCACUCCCUCGAACCCACCAGUUGAGAACACUGCCAGAAAGAGAUUCGAAGAAGGCGCAAAGCGCUUGUCCGGCUGGUUUCAAGGAAAGUCGGAACCGGUCAACUUAGGAGUAGUGUAUCAGUCAGAAGAGCAGGACUCGGCCGCCACAGACGAUAUGGAGAAGCGCGCCAGUCGCGAAUUCUACGGGUCGCCUAACGUCCCAACGGGCCUGACAAGCCGAACUCAGAAGCGGAUGACUGCGCCAUCGCCUCUGAAACAGGUUACAUCAUCAAGUCCCUUCUCGUUCUUCGGAUUAAAGAGACAGGGGGAGAGCAGACCGGAGCUGCCCGAACCUGCCCAGGACGAGUUCUUGAACCUCGAUAUCAACGCCGCUUUAUUCCCGACUGGUUUCAGUAAUCUGGAAGGUCGGGAAGCCUUUGACGCCCUAAGACAAAACGCAGAUACUGUACUUAGGCGGCUGCAGGCUGCAUACAAACAGAGGACGUUCGCCUUGCAUGAAGCCCUGGCCGACAAGAAUGAAAAGCAAGAGGAGCUGGAGGUUACUCGGACACGCAUCGGGAACCUCAAGAUCCAGUUAGAUGGCAUGGCCGAGAAAGUCAUCCAACAAGAGAAAGCGAUGAAGGCCAUGGCCGAAGAGCUGGAGCAUGAGCGGCAAUUACGUCGCCGAGAGGAAGAGGCACGCCUGCGCAGCAUCACGCUGGUUCGAUCUAGCGACGACGAGAGUACCUCUGACCUCGGGGCUGAACUUCAGACCCCCAAGCGGAGCCUCAAACGCGCCAGCAAUGGUACAUUUACGAGCGACUCGGGCUUCGAUUCAGGAGAUGAGAGCCUUGCAGAGAGUGUCUUCUCCCGCCGCGAAGUGCUCGAGUCUCCAGCGUCGACGGUCGCGCCAUCUCCCAAUAUCUCGCAGGUUGCCUUGUCUACACCCAGUACAGCUGCUCCUGCACAACAGAGCCAGAAAGAGCUCAAACCAGCGCCAACACCUGCACCAGCACCAACGCCUGCGCGUCCAUCUACUUAUGAUCGGGUUAUAAAAGGGCUGACACCGAGGAGCAUCGCCAGCUCGUGGACGAACAGCUCCAAAUGUAACAUCUGUCAUGGGGUUCCUUCCUCGGAAGCCUGGAGCGUCAUGGGGAUCUUGAAGGAAGAGAACAAAGGACUGAAGGAGCGACUCGGGGAGUUGGAGAACGUGAUUGAUGAUUGUCUCUGUCUUGUUGGGCCCUGACAGCUUGGUAUGCUUGCUCUACGUUGACCGAAGCGUACGGAUACCAGAAAGUCACGGCCUUUAUUGGGAGGAAACGGCGAAUAUGACCGUUAUACAGUGAUACCUUGAGAUACCUAGAUAGAGUACUUUUUGAGAGAGAUACUUUUUACUAUUUUUUGUUAGAAUCGUCG